AUGAAUGCAUUGGACAACGCUACCGAGCUCAUUACAUCCCGGCUCAAGGCCUUGGAGUUCACCUACGCAACCAUGAGUUCAUACUCACCGACCGCAAGUGAAGUGGCAGUAAAAGGUAUUUUUAGGAUGGUUGCCUUGUUUGAUGACUUCGCUUACUCUGUUGUGAAGCUUUCGAGCUACCCCUUCACUCCACAGCACAUGCCUCCAAUGGAUCUUCUACUGCAGGAUAUGAAGUAA